AUUGCAGUCUUGUGUCGUUAGCUUGUAAAGUUGAAAUCUCUGGCGUCGCUGCCUGCGCCUGGUAUGAUAUUCUAAUCGUUUUAUUUAUCUGUUCAAAAAUGAAGAUGGCCGAUCAAACUGUAAUAUUGAGACGAAAUAGAGCCGGAACAAAAGCUGAGAAUUUCUACAAAUGGGCCGAUGAGGCCUAUGAAGAGAUGGAUUCUACACUUGUGGUUCAACAGUUCAUCCAGCAGAGCAUUCGCCGCAGUCAUACCAACAUAGAUGCAAUUCUGGCUGCCCCAGAGACUCAGGAUGAGGGUGUGUGGAAGUAUGAGCAUUUAAGGCAGUUCUGCAUGGAGCUGAACGGCCUGGCCGUGCGGCUGCAGGGCGAGUGUCAGCCCGCCACAUGCACCCAAAUGACCGCCACGGAGCAAUGGAUCUUCCUAUGUGCGGCCCACAAGACGCCCAAGGAAUGCCCUGCCAUAGACUACACGCGACACACCCUCGAUGGUGCCGCCUGUCUCCUUAACUCUAACAAAUAUUUCCCCAGCAGAGUCAGCAUCAAGGAGUCAUCAGUGGCUAAGCUGGGCUCCGUAUGCCGGCGUGUUUACCGCAUAUUUUCCCACGCAUACUUCCACCAUCGUAAAAUAUUCGACCAAUUUGAGGCGAGCAGCUCGCUGUGCAAACGCUUCACGGUGUUCGUGACCAAGUACUCGCUCAUGUCGCGGGACAACCUCAUCGUCCCCAUCCUGGACGAGGAGCUCGUCCCCCAGCAGGGGGGUGAGAGUCAGGCGUGAACCAUCAGCUUCUGGCGACCCUUGGCUGCCUCUCUGGCGACCCUUGGCUGCCCUUCUAGAGACCCUUCGCUACCCUUCUUUUAGCCCUCAUCACGCUGCAAUGCUGAGAGUAUGAACGUUUGUAGGCCGCCGCGUGCUGACAAACCAUCCAGACCUCCGCCAUUCUCUUUCCUUGAAGUAUCUUUAAUCGACAACUUUGUUUUUCCUAUUCUCUCCCUCCCUCACCCCUGCCUUCACUUAUUUCCCCCCUCCUACGACCUCCAGCUCAUCCCUUUGCUCUAGCAAGAUCAUCGACGCCCUAAUAACCAUCAACAACCAUAACUUUACUAAGCCAUUAUUCUCCUGCUGGACAAGCUUAUACAUCUAUCCAGAUCUGGCAGAACGAAAAGCCAUGAAUCCAUCCUGAAAUAUCUGGAAGGGUUAAUAUCAAUUAUCUUCUUUCCCUCGACUGGACGAAUAGAUUGGUGAGUGGCUUUUCUUGUGGACGGAUUGUUUAGUGGCUGGAUAGAUGGCUGACCAGCUGCCCGGGCGGAUGAUGGAUCGUCUGUAAUACUGUGACCCCGACGUUCUUAUUUGGACAUUAUCCGCAGGUUAGAUGGCUGGCAGGACUGGGCGAGCCAACUUUUUAAUUGACUGGUAGUAAUGGCUGAGCGUAAUGCUUAGCCAUUUAACUGUAGCGCAGUGGUAGCGGUAUCGAGGUGAGAGGGGCUUCUCGUGGGUUCGAGCCUCGGGAAGCUCAGUUUAUUUCUCGGUGUUGCUGAUGGACAGCGCUUGGUAGCCAUCGAGGUCGGUGCUCCAGCAUGAUCUUGAUUUGGUGUCCCUAAACAAGCUCUGGGUACGUGUUACCUGAGGGGAUCUAAACGUUAAUGUUUUAAGGACAAGUUUUAUGACUGGCAAGGAUGAAUUUAGAUAGUACUGUAUGUCUAAUUUAAGCCUGUGCGCUCGCUCUCAUCAAUGUUCUAAUUUGUUAUCAACCCAAGAUUCAACUCCAUGCAGUCGCUUAAUUAUCGAUGUUUUCAUCACAAUCCUUAGAGCGUCUGUUGUUGAGACAGACGAACCCCUUCCUAUUCUCUGGUGGUAGGCUGAUUCAUGUUAAUGAACUUAGGCGAGUAAAUCAAGUUUAAUUUAUUUCUGGUAAUUGUUUCAAAUGCGCAGAGCGUUUCUUGCUCAAACGGGCCUUUUGCUUUUGGAGCAUUCAAAUGAUUGAAUACUAUUACUUCAUUUUUCAGGUCUCCAAAAUUUUAUUGCAUUUGCUGUACGAUAUUUGCUUUGUUGAUACAGCAUUCCUCCAUUCUACUCCUGCAUUGGAAGAUUCAUGCAGAGCUAAAUCAAUGUGAUGAAAUAUUUUGUGCAACUGUCGCUAUUGAAACAUAUGCAUAACAUUAAUUUUUCGAUGAGUGCCGGAAUCGUUCCUUUAACAUUCACUCGAAUUCUGUCCUGAAUUCAUGUCGUAUUCCUAGGCUGAUUACCUAACUACCGAUUCUAUCCAUGUAACCCCAUUUAACAUCGUCAACUCGGAACUACAAUUUGAUUGGAAUUUACAAAUUCUUGCCAUAAAAUUUCUCGUCUUGCCAUCAAUGAUCUCUGUUGGUAAUGUCAAAUACAUCUAGAUAAAUAUCGGGUUAUCGAGUGAUGUUGGGUCCAACUGUUUAGUAAUAAAAUAAAAUUUUUCUGGUUACGGUAAGAUGUAGCGAGUGACUGAGGUGUCUGUGCUGCGAAUUUUCUUCACAAAUUGAAAUCAUUUAAAUUCUACCUGGAGGAAGAUGAGGACGGUAGGGAAAACUUGUUCGUUAAUAUUCAAUUACUUUUAAACAUCUAGGCACAGAUUAUCAAAAAGUAGUUAAAUUCAAUCUAAAAACACCAAUUACCAAGGAGAAAUCUACUGCCAUAUGUCUACUGCUUCCGGUACUAAGGCCAGUUUUAAAAAUUCGGUUUCCGGUUCUGGAACAUUAAUGAUUUUAGACGCCACCCGGCUUAUUGUAAAACAAAGCCUAAGCCUAUGUUUAGAUAUUGCUACUGGUUGAACUCAAUAUUGAUUUUACAGUCAGCAUGCGAAAAAUUAAUGACGAUACGUUGAAUGUAUUGAAGAAACUGGUAUUUAUCAUUAUAAUAUUGCAAUGCAUGAGGUAUAUGGUUAGGAUCCUGCAUACAAGCCAACCUGUUUAUGUUGUCAUUAGAUUUCAAUUUGCUUGCGGUGAGUCGUAGAUUUUUAUUUGAUUCAAUCCCAGCUUCUAGGGUGGUAGGGGCUUGUCGAAACAUAAUUUUCAUAAUUAAUACGGUACCCAAGUUUAUUGAUGAAGUUGAACAUGAUUUUCAUAAUUAAUAUUACAAAAGUUUAUUGAUGAAGUUGCUCUUCAUAUGUGAGUAGAACUGACGGUUAUAUCCAUAUCUUACGCAAUUUUUUUAUAUGUUCAAUAUGGACGGUGUAUUCUUUUUAAGAUUUAUUUAUUGUAAAAUUUUAUCUUCCUGACGUUUACCCUCUUAUAAGCAUUAAUUGGAAACAAUUUUUAGUGCUAUUCCUACCCGCGAUGUAAACUAGUCGAAAGGUUGAAUAUGUUGAAGGUAGUAAAUCCUGUACAAAUGUUUCGCUGAUUUCUGUGUUUGUGCAUUUGUUUCAGUCUACGGUAAUUACGACAUUUUUAUCUGCUACAGUACUUCAUCAGAAAUGUUGACAGCAUAUAAGAUGUAACUAGUGUAAUAUUCUUGUCUUCUUUAAGGGACUUUUAUUCUACAUGAAUCUUUCACGUUCUUUCUCACGGUUCGUUCUUUCAACUGUGUUUCAUCUUAUUUUAAUUCAUUUUCUCGUGGUCGGAGCGGCAUCAAACAUGUUAAUAUCUUGAGGUUUUUGUAUUUUUAUUCAUAUAUUAUUUCUUUUUUUUUUUUUUGAUUAUUACAGAAAUUGUUUAUGAUUCAGAAAAGCUAAAAUGGACUGGCGAAAUUUGUUGUCCCUUAUUCAUCAUUUCCUAGUUUUAGUAAAUACCCUUUAAAAG